CAUCAUGAAGGGGCGGGAGCACGGCGUCGAGUGGGUAACCAAACAGCAGCAGGGGAGAAAGCCACCGGCGGAUGCGCAUCGUUCAGCAUGCGGUGACUGAGGCGGAGGCCUGAAGGCGCUGUGGGUCCAUUGGUGGCAGCAGGAGCAGGAAUCCAGCUUAGAUGAAGGAUGAAGAGCCCGGUGCACAGAUGUAGGGAUGUGGAGCAUAGCCGUGGACAGUCCGGGGCUGGGGGAGGAACCAGCUGCCUACAGGAGGAACAGCGCAUCCCCAUCUCCAAAGACGUCAUCACUUCCUCCUCUGCCUCGGCCAUGUGGUUCAUCAGGGAUGCCUGCGGCAUUGUGUGUGCCAUCAUCACCUGGCUGCUGGUCUUGUACGCUGAGUUUGUGGUGUUGUUUGUGAUGCUGUUGCCCUCCAAGAACCUGAUGUACAGUAUUGUGAACGGGACUCUGUUCAACACUCUGGCCUUCCUUGCCCUCGCCUCUCACCUCAGGGCCAUGUGCACUGACCCUGGGGCCGUGCCAAAAGGAAACGCCACUAAGGAAUACAUAGAAAGCCUUCAACUGAAACCAGGACAGGUGGUCUACAAAUGUCCCAAGUGCUGCAGCAUCAAGCCUGACCGAGCACACCACUGCAGUGUUUGCAAACGCUGCAUACGGAAGAUGGACCACCACUGUCCCUGGGUCAACAACUGUGUUGGAGAGAACAACCAAAAGUACUUUGUGCUUUUUACAAUGUACAUUGCACUCACUUCUCUCCACUCUUUGGUCAUGGUGGUCUUCCAUUUCCUCUACUGCUUUGAAGAUGAUUGGACGAAGUGCAGUACCUUCUCUCCUCCAGCAACAGUCAUCCUCCUCAUACUCCUGUGCUUUGAGGGCCUCCUCUUCCUCAUCUUCACCUCUGUGAUGUUCGGCACCCAAGUCCACUCCAUCUGUACCGACGAGACCGGCAUAGAGCAAUUGAAAAAGGAAGAGAGAAGAUGGGCUAAAAAAACUAAGUGGAUGAACAUGAGGGCGGUAUUCGGACACCCUUUCUCCAUAUUGUGGUUUAGCCCUUUCUCCACCCCCGACCACGGGAAGGCUGAGACCUACCAAUAUGUGGUGUGAAGGCUCAGCGCAGGGAGUGAUCAAAACCAAAGUGGGAAGGCCUGCACCCCCCCCUCCCUCACACACACACACACACAGCUCAACGCGAUUCACACUGUAUAUCCCACAUUAGCAAUGGACAGCUUUUCAUGUGCUUUUUUUGUGUUGCCAACUAAGUGCUCUAUACGUUUUCUUUUUGUGUUGCCUUGAGUGAGUCGAGUUGCAGAGAAAAAGAAACACUUUACAGUCGUGUUUGCAAACACUGUGAUGGAUCUGUUUGUUUCUGACCUGCUUUCUUUCUCCUCUAUCAGAAGCCCCUCUCCUUACGGUUUCCUUUUUGCUUCUCCCUAAAGGGUUAGUUCAGCUAAAUUAUAAAGAAAAAGCAGGUAUUAUGUAUUUCCUGUAAUUGCCAGCUAAUUUCAUUACAGUGAAAAUAGGAAAUGAUGUAUAAGGUAAACAAAAAUGCUUCAUAAACUGGCGAAGCACCGAGUUUUAGGACAUUUUAAGGACUAUUUUAGGGUAAAACUGGCUGGAAACUGCAGGUCUCCAGAUUAUAUUAAAAUCACACAUCAGGGUUAGAGUUACUGUAAUUCCACAUGAGCUAUUCUGAUGCCAGUAGAGAGCUUGGUGGAUUUUUUUAGAUGAACUGACCCUUUAAAUAUUACUCAAUGUCAGUGUGUUCCAGACAUGGACUGGAUAAAGCUUUUAAAUGGGUCUACUCAGGAAUGGAUUGUCUGAACCAUUCAGUAAUCAGACCCACGCUCAGGCCGACCCUCUGUUACAGUGCUGUACAUAGCACAUCAACAUCUUGCCUUUGUUACAGUGGGAUUUUUCAUAGUUACUGAAAAAAAUCUCUCAAGAAUCAAAUGCAAAGAAAGUGAAAGCAAAACACAACAAUUCUAAAAAAGAAUUUACAUUAGAAUUACAUAGAGUGCGCCAUUUGGUUAUGAUAAUCUUCACCUUUGUUUCUGGGUUCAGACUUUUCCUCUGUGGUCUUUUUUUUUCAGCCCCAGUUCUGACACAAAGCUCUCAUGUGGGCUAGUUACACUUAGACGAACAUGUCAGUGGACUGAAAGUAAAACUCCAUUAAUUAGAGAAUGGGCUGUCCCUCGGUCUGUCCUAACUCAGAUGUUAUUAUGAUUGCUGUUGACAUUAGAAGGUAUUACCGCCUGUUGAAUCUGUGCAUCACUGACUGUUGUCUAAAAGUAGCUGACCAAUGAGGACGCAGCACUGUAAGCCCAGCCAUGAGAACUUCACGACGGUGGCGCUCUUGUAGUUUCUAUGUAUGUUCUAUCUUUGAGUGUUUUUGCUCUUCUUUGAUUCACUUUUUUCAUUCUUGGGAGAUUUUUUUAAAAUGUCAUUAUUAGGACAAAAGUUAAUCCCAAGACUUUUGGUCUGUUAUGUUUGUGAUGAGAGUUCUAAUAGUUCCCUUUUCUUCCCUAUUAGCAGUGACUUUCAGAUUGUCUCAUUCUUACAUUCAGGGUGGAGUUGAAAGCAGUUUUGAAAACAGAGCUCUGUUAUCUCAUCAUGUAAAAACCUGCACAUUACACUGCAUUUAACCGUUUGGGUUCUCAUUAAUGUAAGACUACACGAGGCAAGGGAUUGCAGUGGUACCAAAAAGCAGAGCUGAUAGCCUGCUGUGACUAAAGGAUAGCAGAUGUACUGAAUAUUUAAAGUGGGCUUGUUAUGCUCAUUCCCAGCUCCACAGUUCCAUUCUUGGCCUCUGUUUUCUUUAAACUGUGAAUCAUGCAAAGCUAAGCUAGUAAUCUUUAUUUAUCCUGUGAGGGACCUUCGUGCUCAUCUGAAACGAGGUGGUGUAGUUCCCUACCUUUGAGGCAGCCCUUUCUCAAAACCAACUAUAUUCUGAUUGGCUGCCUCUUGUAAAAAGAAUGUUUGAGUUGGAUGGAGCUUCUGUGUCCACGGUCAGAGCCAGAGAGCCAUGUUAGAGAGAUCCUCUGUCUUUGACAUCAAACAGAGGAAAGAGUAGAACAAACUGUUUGAAACUGAGUUUAGAGCAGUCUGAAGUCUCCCCUCAUUAUUUGAAACUUAUUUGAUAUAAGCACCCAGCAUAAUAACACAAAGUAUGGCUCAAAAUAAGAAAAAGCAAAGCAAAUUAGGUCUGAUUUAGUAGCUGACCCUUGAUCAGCUCUUGAAAGUAAGUUUUGGAGGAUCUCUGUGAUUAAACAAAAAAGACCAAAAAGUCACGCUGCAGCCUAAUCAUCAUGUUUUCAGUGAUUUUUAGCACCUACAACAUUGUCCCUGUUUCCUCUCUGAUACAUGCUCAAGAAAAACAAAGCCUCUUGGAGCACAGAAAUGCAUUUUAUUUUUGGCUAAAACAAACCAGGAGGUUUCUGUUUGUUCCAGCAAACAGAACCAGAUUCUCAGUGUUGAAGCUGGCAGUCUGAGUUCUGCUAAAGGAAGGAAAAGGAAAGCUGACUGAUGUCGACCUCAGCCUGUCUUUAAGCAGGAAAAACAUGUGGGUUAGAAUGAUGCUGACAGUCUGUCAACAUAUGUUCAUUCUGGUUUUUGUUUUUUAUGUUCUUGGGGUUUUUUGUGUUAUUUUUUUUUAGAAAGGUUUAGCCUCCUACAGUAGCCUCCCACUAACACUCUGUUUGCAUGAAUACGUGCCAGUGAAUCACAGCUCUAAGCCCAUGUGGUGUUUUGAUGUUGUGAGCGUGUGCCAAAUUCAAUAAAACCCACAAUUCUGCGAUUAUUUGGGAACCCUUUGAUAUGAAUUUGCUCUGAAGGGACACUGGCUUCAGUUUAAAAUCCUCUCCGCUGCCGGAAAUGUAUAAAAUCGUGUUUGGGGUUAAAGAGAAGACGUGGAUUUAGAAUAUUCAUUUCUGCACCACGCCAGCCUACAAAGCAUUUAACCGAGGUAUUAACAUUCACUAUUCAAUUUAAAGUACUUAAAAAAGAAGAUUUAAUUUCACUUUGUAUUUCUUUGUAUUUAUCAUUUGAGAUUUUCUCCUGGGUGAACUGCUUUGUUCCAAAGUGUGCGGUUUUAUUCUUCUAUUCUUUGUUUACAUGAUAUUGUGUGUAUCCUUUGUUUUUGAAUGCAUGGUACAGCUGAAGGCUAGUUUAAUUGUGUAUGUGAAACACUGCUGGUAUGAUGAAGCAGCUGAGUGACGGCAGAGAUUAUUAUUAUUGUUUGGUUUUGUUAUUUUUACAGAAAUUUUAAUUCUUUCUAAAUAUUCUGAAGAGAUUUCAGCACAUGCACAGAGAAUAAAUUCUUCUCAGAUGCAAUGCAACAACUGUGUUUGCUUCCUUUUUGGAGGUGCAUUUAUUUACUUUUGCCUGUCCCUUUAUUUUAUGUUCAAAUAGUAAUACCGGAGCAGAUGUGGGUUUUUUGUUGGGGUUUUUUUCCUCCUUCCCCCCCGUGCACACAGUUCUUAUAUGGCCCUCACAUCCCGCAUUUUCCCUCCGUCCUUGUCUUCCAUUCUGCUCCCACGUCUGGGAUCCUCCUCCCCCCAAUACUGUGUCCUCUCCUCACUCAUGCAUUUUUGCUUUGGUUGAUAACUCACUCUGCCGAAAGCUUUCCGAAGCAGACAGCCCUUUGUAAUCUUGACUGAGGUAAGCUUGCGAACAGCAGUCACAUUGGCCGUCCCAUCAAGCUUGACAUGUCACAUGUAUGCACGCUUCAAUCAGAAGGCCGACGUGUGCUUUCAGUUCCUCCUUUGCUGUUUUACUUCAACCAAACGGUUUGAAUGAAUGAGUGAGUUCUGUCUGUAAUGUGAUGCAUGUGCCAUCUGUUUCUUUUUGAAGUGCAUGCCAGUCUUUUUGGACAGCAGCAUGAAAUGUUGGGCAUGUUUCUUUAAAAACAAAUUGAAUAACAUGGAACCUAAAGCAUUUAGAGGACACUGUUAAAACUCAUCAGAAGUCAUGCUUCUAAAUUCUCAGUUAGUGUUAACUGUAACUUGUGGCCAUGAAGCAAUCUUUGCACCAAUACACUAGAAGAUGGCUGUAAAAUCCACUGUUUGCACUGCAUAAAUAUAAGUCCCAAAGUUGACGUGUCACUAAAAAUACUCUGUCAAGACUCAGGUUGUUUUGUUUAUUUUUACAUUUAAAACACAAAAUUCCCGAAAACUACCUUCAGUGGCAUGUACUUGAGUUUCUUAGCUAAGCAAAAAGACUAUAAACAGGGCACCUGCUAGCCUAACCCCGUAAGCACUCUAAAGCCCACAGAACUACAAGUUGAUUCUGUUCAUUUGGACGUAGCGUUUUCAGUGGGAGAAACGCUUUGUCACUCAUCCAAGUGACUUCUUUAAUGUCCGCUGAUUGCAGGUUUACUUCACCUUAUAAAACAGCACCUUUGCACACUGACUGAAACCACCACCGUCAGGAGUCAAGGAGGCAAUUUACGACCAUCUAUGAAUCGAGGAGGGGGCUUAACGGUACCUCCUACCAUCUUUACAAUGCUGUGAUUGCAGCCAUUCCCCAACUCUCUGUGAAUGGUACUCAUAACCAUUGAUCAAUGGUUUUUGAUCAGCGGUGAUAACAAAUUUGCAUAUUAAUGAUCAAAAAACUCAACUGCCCAUUGUUCGCCAUUCAGUCAUUAUGCAAAUGUACUUGGAUGAAGCGUUUUCAGUGGGAGAAACGUUUCGUCCAGAUGAACAGAAGCAACUUUGAAGGAUUUCCUAACCUGGAUGAUUGAGCAUGCAUCCAGAUGAGUACAUGUUGUUUUAGGUUAAUAUCUUGGAACACAGUCCUUCUAAAAUAACUUCUUACAUUAGUUCUAGAAGUAUCUGUCAGAGUUACUUUUUGCCAUUAUACAUUAGAAAUCAGAACUGUUGGCCAUCUUGAAAUGAACCCUAAAUCUCUCCUUCUCAAAGUUCCUUCAUCUUCAAGUGCCUUCUGUUUGGACAGCAGUCGUGAACCCCAAAUAUUGAGUCUACUUUAAUGAAUGCCAAACAUUUUUGAAGCAGGAGCUUCAACACCCACCCACACAUUGGACAUCAAAGCCAGAAUCGCAUCCAAAACUCAGACAUUGCGUAUUUAUCAAGCAGGGCUUUAAAGACUCCUUAAAAAUGACUGAUUUAGCACUUCUAGAAAGGCUGACAUGUUUUGAGUGGGAGCCCAGAUGAAAGCAUCAUUACUGUUACUGGUGUUGCUUCCUGCAUUAGCCUAAGCCUCAAGUUUGUGGUAGCUGGCACUUGGUUUGGAUUAGGAAGUAACAUUCAAAGGUCUGAGGAUAAAAAUAAACUGACAAAUGAUUACCAAGAGGGCAUCCACUGAAGCCUCAUUUACUUCAGCUGGACUUAAAUGUGCUUUGAGACAGUCAGCCAGUCCAAAUAUGUCUCUGGUGCUUUGUUGUAGGAACAAAGACCUGUAAAAGUAAUCACAUUCCCAUCAGCCUCAGCUGCAGUUCAGUUUAGGUGUUAAUUAGCAACCAUUAGAGCAGCUGGCUCCACUGCCGGUCCUGUUCUCUUUGCUUCCUGGCCAGUACAUACAGGCAGCAAUGACAAGUAACUCUUUAAAUGAUUAAACCCUCAACCUGAAGACUUUUUUUUUUUAAGUAAGCUGGACAUGUUUAAGUGUCUGAGGGACUAGCACAAAAAAGCAAAACCAUCACAUAGUAACAUACUAUCACCAGUUUUGUGUUGUGGAUGUCAUUGAUGGUGCAUGCAGGUGAUCCCAUGCAGUGCUUUUUUUUCUUUUUCUUUUUGCUUUGUUUGUCUCUCUGCUCCUUCACCUCAGAACCUCACUGUUUUUU